UAGGGCUCUCAGGGAGGAGCAUUUUGUAUCAAGUUCCCUGGUCUCUCUUUUUAUCAAAUCAAAAUUCAUUGCAGUCAUCUGCAAAAACCUUUGAGACAUUUAUUUACCCUCUCAUCACAAACUUUCAUACUAAUAAUGGAUCUUAAAUAUUUUGAUAUUUUUAUUCAAGACAAAAGCUCGGGUAAAGUGAAUUGAAAAAUGGUCGUGAAGAAGAUCCUGGGAUGUACUUAAAUAAUCCGGCCCUGUUGCAAGGAUCGUCAUGCAACUACAAGUACUACUACGAGUAGGGUAUUGGACGAGUUGACUUUUUAUCGAGCACAGGCUUCGCUUCUAUAAGUAGCUGAGAUCAUCGUGAAUCCUAGCACACAAUAACGAAACCACCUCGACAUCUCUCUACUGAGUUCACUUCCUCUCUGAAAGUAUCAACAUGAUUCAAUACAUUGUUUUGGCUAUUUUAGUUGGAACUGCUUGCGCAGCCCCAGCAGCUGAACCAGAAGCUGCACCUCAUCAUGCGACUCAACCACACGGAGCACCAGCUCAUGAAACGUCAGCUCACGAAACAGCACCAGCACACGAACCACUAGCCCAUGCGCCAAUAGCAAUUGAAGCUGUUGAACAUGAAAUAAAUGACGCACCAGCUAGUCCGGACCACUCUGGUCUAUCUUCUGGUCAAUCUUCUGGCCCAUCACCGGUUCCAGCAGCGAAACAACUUUUGAUUGCUGAAUACCCACUUUUGAAGACUCCAGCAUCAACCGCUAAACUUACACCAGUUGCUACUUCAUUUGUAGCACCUAUUCCACCUCUUACUUAUGCUGCUGCUCCCGCUGUCUUGACAUCGUAUCCCGCUUGGGGUGGACUUGCCGCUCUUCCUGCGAGCUACUCGAUUGAACAACAUGGUUAUCAUAUCACUUAUUAAUUGAUGCACUAUCCGAUUUCUUGCUUUAUCAACAUCAAGUCAGAUACCAACACAGGAAUAUUCACAAGUCACUUGGUAAAGAAAAUUUAAAACAUUUAAUUCCUUUCUCUUCUUAGCCUGGAAUCGGUAAUCUCAAUUUCUUUAUUACGCAUCACCGUUAUUUUAUUAUCAUUUAUCAUUUAUCAAUCAUUUUUCAUGUAUUUAAAAAAAACCAUACGCAUAAAAAAAAAUUAUGACAAAAAACAAAAAUAAUAAAAUAAAAGCUCAAUUUUUUU